AUGGCCGUGGCCGUUAGUAAGGUGGGUAUACCGACGUGGAUUGUAAAAGUACGCCAUAAGGCUACUCAUCAGCAUAUGCCCUCAUUAAAAAUGUUCCGCAAAGCUGCGCGCUUUUGUCGUCAAUGGUUGUGGAUUUUUAUUUAUCGUUUCAGAGAUUUUUUGGAUACAUUGCUUCUAGAUGGCCGUUUAAUAAUGACUCAGAAACAAAUACAAAUGGCUGGUUUUAGUUUAUCUGUUAGUGAUUCAUUAAUUUGGAAUAUACCAGAGACACUUCAACGAUUCUGGCAACCAGUUUUUCAUAUUUUAAGCCGUGUUAGAGCUCUCCCAGAAUUAUUGUACGGGUUAGUAAGUGCACUGGACGAUCCAUGCAAUUCUCAAAUUAGAGAUCGACAGCUUAUUGCCUGGAUUCAUUUAUUGCUUUCGACACUUUGCAAAAGUGACAUUGUGCCAAACUCAGAUUGGACUCGAAUUAUUCGAGGAAUGCUGCGCGUUCCUCAAAAAUAUUUGGAUUCCCACUUUGAAAAAGUAUUAAAUAAAUUGGAAUCUGGUGGAGAAGAAGCGGAAAAGUGUAAAUGUUUGCGUCAGUUAGUAAAUAUAGCACUCGGCAAUAACUUCGAAGUGGAAGAAAAUGAAACUUGCACCAACGAAGAAAAUAGACCAGUGCGGACGGUGGAAGAUUUACAAAAGUUAUUAUCUGAUGAUCCAAGCUUAUCGGCAUAUUAUGACGCGAACAAUGGACAAAGCAAUUGGAUUUUAUGCAACGCCAACGACUGGAAAGAAAUACCUCUCGGCUUAACGCCUGAGCAAACAACUGAAUCGCUUUGUCUUAUUAUUGAUCCUGGAACUUUAUGA